GGAGGAUGAGCUCUCAACGAGGAAACGUGUCCCGCACGCGAGCCCAGCGGCACCAGAACGCCCAAGUCUUCAGAAAUGACAAGUAUGACACGAGCGCCCAGCGUAAGAAAAUUAAUACAAAACUCCACGAAGGACUAUGUCAACAUUGCAAGGAGGUCCUGGAAUGGCGUGUGAAGUUCAACAAGUACAAGCCAUUAACACAGCCCAAAAAAUGUGUGAAAUGUCUGCAGAAGACAGUGAAGGAUUCAUACCACAUUAUCUGCAAGCCAUGUGCUUGUGAACUAGCUCUAUGUGCAAAGUGUGGGAAGAGAGAAGAAAUUGUGAUUCCGAUUCAGACAAGUCUAGAGAAGACCGAGAAUGAGCCUUCCAAAAAUGAACAGACGGGAAAUAACAGAAGGAGUGGAUUUGAGGACGACAAUGAACAGAACUUAAGUGACAUGGAGGAUGAAAAUGAAGAUCUAGAUUUACUUGUGAAGCAGCAUAAAACUGAAAGGACAGGAAUCUAAUGAUCUCUCCAAAGAUGGUUUUGGUGCAAACUCCAUUUCCAACCAAAAGACUGUAUUUCUAAAGGGAAGAUUAUUGCUUUUUUUAAGAUCAUACAUUUAGGCUGAGUUUAGACAACACUUUGCUCUACACAGCGGGAAAAAUCCAUUAAGUGGUGGAGUUUUUUUUGGGAUACUCACCACACAGCAUGUUCUAACUCCACCAUUGUGUGACUCUGGACUCCCAUGGAGUUGAGUAAAAGGCAACUUGAUGUCUGAACCUCUGCCCUCUCUCCUCCCCCAGUCCUCCUGAAGGUAUCCCACCAGCCAUGGCUGCAAAACAACAA